UCCCCCACCUACCCCCGACCUCCGCCUCAAAUAUAGCCAUCAUUUUGGUGUAGUUGACCCUAAAAUUUCGAUCAAAUUCAGAGCCAAUAGAAUCCGAUCGCGCAUUAUUCCAUGGCUUUGAACGACACUUUUUACCUCUCCCAUGGCUCUCCGAUGCUCAGCAUCGACGAUAGCAUAAAAGCGAGGCAGUUCUUCAAAUCUUGGAAGAACGAGGUCGUUGCGGUCAAACCCAAAGCCAUUCUCUGCAUUUCUGCCCAUUACGACACCACUUUCCCCACUGUCAAUGUCGUCUCAGGUCCUAAUGAUACCAUCUACGACUUCUAUGGCUUCCCCUCCUCCAUGUACAAGAUUAAAUAUCCAGCACCCGGAGCUCCAGAGCUGGCGAAGAGGGUGAAGGAGACUCUGAUAAGGGCCGGGUUCGAGCGAGUCGACGAGGAGCGAGGGCGGGGGCUGGACCAUGGAGCAUGGGUUCCUCUAAUGUUCAUGUAUCCAGAGGCAGACAUACCAGUUUGCCAACUUUCAGUACAAUCACACCUAAAUGGGACACAUCAUUACAACUUGGGCAAAGCAUUGGCUCCUCUUAAGGAUGAAGGAGUUCUAAUAAUUGGGUCAGGAAGUGCCACACACAACCUUAGGACUCUCAACCGCAGUGGUAAGCCUUCAGCCACUGCCCCAUGGGCUCUUGAGUUUGAUACUUGGCUUAAAGAUGCUCUUCUUGAAGGAAGAUAUGACGAUGUGAACGAGUACGAGAAGAAGGCUCCACACGCAAAAAUGGCACAUCCGAGUCCGGACCACUUUUACCCACUCCACGUUGCGAUCGGGGCAGCAGGAGGCGACCCGAAAACCAAGCUAAUCCAUCAUAGCUGGGACCAUGGCACCAUGUCCUAUGCCUCCUACCAAUUCACAGCCUCUUCCCCCUCCCACUAACAUUACAACAAACCUCAAAAUCUCUGUUGUUUAUAGGCUGCAAAUGUUUGUGUUGUGUGCACGUUCAAAUGUAAAACAUGAUUGUGUUUAAAAUUGUCGUGUUUAUCUCUGUUGGAGAUACCAUAUGAUUUGGUUUGCUUGUACUUGUGCGACAGAGCAGCUUAUGAAUUCUUGUACUGUAUAAUUAACAAUACAAUAAUGAUAUUAUGUUUUUUUAAGGA